AUGCUGAUUGAUCAGUACCGAGAGAAGCUGGGCAACCUUGAGUCAUCUGAGAAUUACUCUGGUCUCUCCGACUGCUUCUGUCUCACCAACCCCCGUGCCGGUACUGAGAACCCCAUUGUACUGGCCUCGGAGGGAUUCCUCGCCGUCACUGGCUACACUCGUCAGGAAGUCCUAGGCCGCAACUGUCGUUUCUUGCAAGGUCCUGCCACUUCCCCCGACGCCAUCGACCGUAUCCGCGAUGCUCUCAACGGAGGCAAAGGUUGCAUGGAGCUCAUGCUCAACUAUCAAAAGGACGGCACUCCCUUCUUCUGUCUCCUGUCUAUCAUCCCUCUUCGUGAUGCUCGUGGUCAACUGGCCUACUUCAUUGGAGGUCAGUGCAACGUC